AUGCCCCGCUCCCUCUCCGAGCUGCGCGCGGCCGACGAGGCGUCGUCCAAGCGACGGCGGUACGAGCGCAAGUCGACGGGAUGCCGCCCAUGCCGGCUCCACCACGUCAAGUGCGUCGAGGGCGCCCUCGGGCCGUCGGGCCGCAAGCUCACCUGCCGCCGCUGCUGGGAGACGCAGCGCGAGUGCUUUUAUCCCGUCGGUGGGAGCGUGCAGCGCGGCAAGCUGGCCUCGGAGCCGUGGGAGCGCGCCGAGGAGGGCGACUGCUGGACCGAGGAGGCGGGGGACGUUAUCGAGAUUCGCCGCGAUCGCUCCGUGUCCAUCUCGGCUUCGACGAGCGCUAUCGCCGUGCGGUCCACCGCCGCCGCCGCAUCGCCCGGCCCCGCAUCGCCCCGCCUGCCAACCAUCUCGAACCUAAUCUCCCUCCUCACGCCUGCCCCCGCGUCCCCGCUGUCGACAUUCACGCUGGCGUCCCUCACGACCUCACCGCUCGAACGCACAGCAGUCACGUUCUUCGAGACACGGGGGUGCACCGACAUCGUGGCAGCCGCGACGCCGGCGCAGAACUGGAUCUUCACGCAGCUCCUCCCGCGCGUGUUCGCGAGCCUGCUCACGCCGACGGGCGCGACCGACGCCUCGGGCCUGCUGCGCAAAUGGCUGCACAACAACUUGCUCGAGCUGAGCUGUAUCCAGCGCUCCCAUGUCGAGGGGGACGCGCACAAGGCCGCGAUAUGGCGCGCCGAGGCGGGCAAGUACCACAACGUCGCGGACGGCGCCAUGUUCCGCGCCAAGGUGCUCUUCCCUUCCCAGUGGAAGACGGACGAGUAUUUGAUGGGCUUCUACAUCCGCUGCGUGUCCGAGCUGCUCACCGACGGCGAGUUCAACAUCGACGCCAAGACGUCCGCGGACCUCCCUUCGCCGGAUAGCGACUUCCACGCGAUCGUGCGGCAGCUGGUGACGAUCUACGCGAUACAAAAGUUCAGCUGUACGCCGGUGGAGCGGAUGCCUGGCGCGCUGCCUGCCGUCGAGCUGUUACCUGACAGCCCGGGGUUACGCGCUGUCGAGGAUUACUUUGGCUUCACGCCGCGCGCGGCCGAGCUCCUUCAGCGCGUGAGCUCCAUGGUUGCGCAGCGCAGCGUCAUCCUGUCGAUGGGCACGCACGGCGAAGUGGCCGGCAUGCUGCUGGCCGCGGAGGCGGAGGGGGUCAUGACGCAGCUUGUUGACCGGUGGGAGUGGGACGAGGAGGGGUGGGAUGCGGGCCGGCCGGGGCGGGUACAGCGCGGCAACGAGGUGAUGCGGUGCGCGCUCAUCGCCAUGCUGCACUGCGAGGUGCUCAACCGCGACCUGGACGACGCGCGCAUCGUGGAGGCAAGAAAGCGCGGGCUCGAGCUCGUCGCCGACGCCGAGGCGGACACUCUGCCCGGUAUGGUGUGGCCGCUAAGUAUACUGGCCAUCUACACCCGCGACAAGGAAGAACGUACCCGCGUCCACGACCUCGUCAGGCUCGCCAUCACCGUGUCGUACGGCGCCGGGUACCCCAACCCCGACGACGUGUUCAACCUCUGCUGGGACAUCCUCGACUCGCGCGGCAAGUACGAGAAUGGGAUUGCGCCGUGGCGUGAGGCGAUGAAGAUGUUUGGCAAGAGCUUGUUGUUGUAGUAGAGCAG